AUGGAACAUUUUCGCGAAAUAAUUUAUUACAACUUUCAGAGACAAUUAUCGCAACAAGAAUGCCUUGCUGAGUUACUGUCUGUUUUCGGCAACGUAGCGCCACAAAAGCCGACAAUUUUCCGUUGGUAUGGAGAAUUCAAACGUGGAAGGGUGAGUAUUAGCGACGAUCCCAGGGUGGGUGCACCAAAAACGGCAGUCACCCAGGAAAACGUCCAUGCUGUGCGCAAACUCAUCAUUGAAGAUAGACAUGUGACAUAUCGCGAGAUUGAGGCGUCCUUGAAGAUUUCAAAGAGCUCUAUUCAAAAAAAUUUACAUAAAGAAUUAGGAGUAAGAAAAUUAGUUUCUCGUUGGAUACCCCACCUGUUGACUGAAGAGCAGAAAGCAGCCAGGGUUAAUUGGUCAUUGUUAGUGGUGAGGAAUCAAAAUAAACGACAGUCGGCUGUUUGGGUGUUCCAAGGUGAAGAAAAGCCAACAAAAGUCAUCGGUUCUCGAACAGAUGCAGGCCAUAUUGCAACAAUUCCUCUUAAUGAGCAAAGAACUGUUAUUGCGGAUGGGUAUACCACCAUUUCUUCGAAAAAUCAACCCCGCAGACAAGACAAUGCAAGCUCGCACACAGCCCAAAAAACAAGGCAGUAUUUAACGGUAGAAAACGUGGAAUUAUUGGACCAUCCUACAUAUAGUCCCGAUCUAAAUCCUAACGAUUUCUUUACUUUCCCGAAAAUUAAAAACAUACUGCGUGGUCAAAGGUUACAGUCACCAGAAGAAGUAGUUGACGCAUUCAAAAAUGCCGUUUUGGAUCUGCCAGCAAACGAGUGGAAUAAGUGCUUCGAAAAUUGGUUCGAGCGCAUGCAGAUGUGUAUUCUUCGUGGAGAAUACUUCAAAAAACAAUAA